AUGGAACAGGAACAAGAACUUACUGGAACUACGAUCCUUGCUUUCAAGUACGAAGAUGGAAUAAUGUUUGCAGCAGACAGUCGCACAACAAGAGGGCAGUUUGUAGCGUGCCACUACAGCGAUAAGAUCACGCAGCUGGCUGAUAACAUCCUCUGUUGCAGGUGUGGGGUAGCCUCUCAAACACAAUGGCUUCAAAGAUACGCAGCAAAGGAGAUCAAGAAGUUGGCGUACCUCGAGAAGACUGGCUUCUCAAUUAGUAAGGCAGCCAAUCUUGUUGGAAGACUCAUCUACGAAAACAAAGACGUGCUUCGAGCAUCACUCAUUAUGGGUGGAGUAGACAAUGGUUUUGAAAUAUACAAAAUAGCACUGGAUGGAACAGUGAUCCCAACUGAUGCCACAAUUGCUGGUUCUGGAUCAGCAUUCAUCUACGGAAUGAUGGAUUCGCAAUAUAGGCCAAAUAUGCCAUUUAAGGAAGCCAUUGAGUUUGCAACUACACUGGUCAGGCUUGCAAUAAACAGAGACUGCUCGUCAGGAGGAGUCGUACGAGUGGCUACGAUUGAGAAGGAUAAGACAACGAGAAGGUACCUGCUUGAAGGAGACAAGGUAUUUAUGGAAUAA